AUGGCGGAAGUUGUCAUCAACAAGCCCCGGGACCCGAACACACUCUCCAACUACAACAACUUCCGUACGACGCAUACCUCAACCAACUUCGAUAUCCUGUUCAAUGAGCAGAAGCUCUCCGGGACUGUCACACAUACUCUGGAGUCCAUCACUAAAGCUGAGGCCCAUGAGAUCAUUCUUGACACUUCCCAUGUGCAGAUCAAGCAAGUCAAGGUCAACGACCAAUCUGCGAAGUGGGAGCUCGCACCUCGCAUGGAACCAUACGGCAGUGCCCUAAAGGUCAAGCUCGACAAGCCAGUUGCACUUCAUGAUUCGAUUACCCUAGCCAUUGAUGUGGACACAACAGCUGCUUGCACAGCUCUACAGUGGCUCACUCCUGCGCAAACAUCCAACAAGAAACAUCCGUAUAUGUUCAGCCAGUGUCAAGCGAUUCAUGCUCGUUCCAUCUUUCCUUGUCAGGAUACGCCGGACGUCAAGGCCACUUUUGACUUUACCGUCAACUCGCCCCUUCCCGUCAUUGCUUCUGGUAUUGCAGCCUCCUCGAAUCCAGAUACCUCUUCCGCUGAUGGCAACGCCCAAACGUACAAAUUCGAGCAAAAGGUCCCAAUCCCAGCCUACCUCUUCGCCAUUGCUUCCGGUGACCUAUCGUUUGCUUCCGUCGGGCCUCGGUCCACGGUAGCAACCGGCCCAGAUGAGCUGCAGGAAUGCAAAUGGGAACUCGAGGCCGACACAGAGAAGUACCUGAAGGCAGGAGAAUCCCUUGUCUACCCCUACGCAUGGGGCGAAUAUAAUGUGCUUGUUCUGCCGCCGUCCUUCCCGUACGGCGGCAUGGAGAAUCCCAUAUACACCUUCGCGACCCCGACCAUCAUUUCUGGUGACCGCCAGAACGUCGACGUCAUCGCUCAUGAGCUCUCACACAGUUGGUCCGGCAACCUCGUCAGCAAUGCCAGCUGGGAACACUUCUGGCUCAACGAGGGGUGGACUACCUACCUCGAACGCCGUAUCCAAGCCAUUGUCCACGGCGGAAACGAAUGGCGCGACUUCAGCGCAAUUAUCGGCUGGAAAGCCUUGAGCGACUCCAUCGCGCAGUACGGCGACGACCAUGAGUUCACCAAGCUCGUCAUCGACCUCAAGGGUAAGGAUCCCGACGAUGCCUUUUCCUCCAUUCCCUACGAAAAGGGCUUCGUCUUCCUCUACUACCUCGAGAAGCUCCUGGGCCAAGAAUCCUUCGACGAAUUCAUCCCCCACUACUUCACCGUAUGGAAAGGCAAGUCCCUCGACAGCUACGACUUCAAAGCCACCCUUCUAGACUUCUUUUCGGCGGACAAGCACGCCGACGAAGCCAAGAAACUCGACCAAGUCGACUGGGAUACCUGGUUCUACUCUCCGGGCUUUCCCAAGUGGGAUCCAAAAUACGACACCAAGCUCGUCGACCCGGCCCUCAGGCUAGCCAAGCACUGGUACCGCUUCACGAACCCGGACGACCCGGCCAGCUGGGGCCCGACGUGGGUCGACGUCGACGGCUGGAGCGCCAACCAAAUGGUCGUGUUUCUUGAACAGGUACUGGCCUUUGACAAGCCCCUCCCCGCCGCCCACGCCAACUACAUGGGCGCCAUCUACAACGUCAAGGAUACCCGCAACGUCGAGGUCAGCAGCCGCUACCUGCAGGUCGCCAUGGCCGCCGGCGACUGGAACGUGCACGUCUUUGUCACGGAGCUGUUGGGAAGAGUGGGCCGCAUGAAGUUCGUGCGGCCCCUGUACCGUGGUCUCGUCAAGAUGGGCGCCAUCAACGAGGCGGUCGCGUGCUUUGAGAAGAACAAGGAUUUCUAUCAUCCCAUCUGUCGCCAAAUGAUCGUCAAGGAGAUCUUUGGGAAGACGGGCCAUCCCAGGCCUUGA